CAGGCAGGCAGAGGAAUGAAUUAGUUUGUGGGCUUUUAACAAACCUCCUGCUCAGACGACGAGUCUCUGGGAGUCAGUCACCGUUAGCUGUCUCAGUCACUCAGACACCCAGUCCGUCUUCUCCUUCUCUACCCUCUGCUGUUCUCCACCCCCCCCCCCUCUCUCUCUCUCUCUCUCUUGCUCCCAUCUUUGCUUCUGUCUGGUGCUAUUCUUUAUUCUCGCCUGUUGCUUCCUCUUCUGCCGUUACUCCUGCUGCUGCUGCUGCUGCUGCUGCUUCCACAAACUUAGCCUAGAAAGAAAUUGCCGGGUGAUGGGCUGCUGAACGGCUUGUACAUUGCUACAAAGUGAGCUGUGAGCAGAGUGAUCGACAGGACCGACAGACAUGGGGAAGCAGAACAGCAAGCUCCGUCCUGAGGUGAUGCAGGACCUCCUGGAGAGCACCGACUUCACCGAGCAUGAGAUCCAGGAGUGGUACAAAGGCUUCCUGAGGGACUGCCCCAGCGGGAACCUUUCCAUGGAGGAGUUCAAGAAGAUCUACGGUAACUUCUUCCCCUACGGGGACGCUUCAAAGUUUGCUGAACACGUCUUUCGCACAUUUGACGCCAACGGCGACGGGACAAUAGACUUCCGGGAGUUUAUCAUCGCACUAAGUGUGACGUCACGUGGCAAGCUGGAGCAGAAGCUGAAAUGGGCCUUCAGUAUGUACGACCUGGACGGAAAUGGGUACAUCAGUAAAGCGGAGAUGCUGGAGAUUGUUCAGGCAAUAUAUAAGAUGGUGUCCUCUGUGAUGAAGAUGCCUGAGGACGAGUCGACGCCUGAGAAGAGGACAGAGAAGAUCUUCAGGCAGAUGGACACCAACAGAGACGGUAAGCUGUCUCUGGAGGAGUUCAUCAAAGGAGCAAAGAGCGACCCCUCCAUCGUCCGCCUGUUGCAGUGUGACCCCAGCAGCGCUGGACAGUUCUAAACCAGAGGCAUCAACCCAACCUUGCUUCUUUGGGGUGACUCUAAAUGCCCUUAACUCUCUCCACUAAGGAGCAGACUGAUGAUGAAGAAUGACAAGCUGAUGACGAUGAUGAAGACAGGCCUUCAAUAUGCACUGAGGACUUCUAAGAUGGGCACAGGAGCCACAUUCUCCUUACACCCCCACCCACACGCCCACCCACACGAGCCUUUUAUCUGAACCCUCCAAACCCAAAGACUGAACCUGAACACUUUUCCAAACCCUCGUCAGGUUAUCGAACCCCACAGAUUGUAGUUGACCGGGAUCCCUCAGCUCUUCUAAAAGCAUGUCAGAGUAUAAAGAAGGUCUGCAGUAGGUUGUGUAUAUAUACAGUAUAAACUGGAGUCUCUGUAUCAGUGUCUUUCCUUGGCUCUCUGUGCCCUGUGAGGCUCCAGCUGGGUUGAUACAGAGCCUCAGUCACUCUUAUGUGUACCAUAGACAGAGUGUGUGCGUGAGACAACGACAGAGGGAGAGACAGAGACGUGAUGGUGUUGAUUAACAGGACAUACUGUAGGUGAGGUUAUUUAAUCUGCAGAGAGGAUUCGUGAAGUUUGUCCUUCACACAGAACGAGUACUGCUUUUAGUUUCCUCUUUUCUACUGUGAGAAUGUGUACGUGUGUUUGUGUAUUUUGCAAACUUGAUAGACUUUGUUUCAUAUUUUGGCUCUGGGACAAGACUACACGAACAUGUAAUAUUGUGCCUCCAUGGCGUAUGCGCCCUCAUCGGUAGUUUGAUUUUGUGAAGUCCCUUUAUCCUUUUUUUUUUUUUUUUUUUUUCAUCAGGAAGAAUUUGGCCGAGGUUUUUGGAGUGGGCCGCGUGUUACUGCGCUCUAGCUUAACAAAAAUAGAAAAGUAUUUGAGUUCAGUGUAGAUAUUUUUCAAGUGCACCUAAAAUGUGUAAAUCCAGUUCCAGAUAGUCCAGAUUGCUUAGUUCAUAACAAAUGUUGUGAAAUAAUACAAUUGUGAAAGUUUGUUUAUUUAAGCUGUCAAGCAUGCAAACCAGUUCCUUUUUUUUUUUUUUUUUUUUUUUCUCGACUUUUACUCUGUGAAGAACAAAGUCGCACCUCUUCACGUUCACUUUUAGAUGUUUUUUAAAUGCCGCAUGUUGAAUCAGUUGUCGAAACAGUUGGGUUCAGGAGUGCAUAGACUAAAUAACACGUAUGCAUGUGACUUAAGCGCAUGUGUGUGUUUUUACAUUAUGUUUAUGGAUAUAAGCGGCGAAACAGCCAGUCACCCUUUGGGCUGUGUGCUCGCUUCUGUAUGUUAGUAUUGUCAUCGUUAGUGCUACCAGUAGUCAGUGUUAUUGACAGCGUAUGGACUGCCAAAGCUGACAUAUCUAAUGGCUCAUGUGGAUAACUUGGAUGGAGCGAAACCAAGGGGAGCUUUAGGAAGGCCACCAUGCACAAAAAUGAAUACACAUGAAGACGCACUGUUUCAUGGGGAUGCUGGAUAGUCGGAGCUCUUUUUUUUUUUUUUUCUGUUAAAGUUCAGCCCAAUAAUGAAAUCACCAUCUGAGUUUACAGUAUUUCGCACUGGUCACACAUCAGUUGAAGUGCUGGACUCCCACUAAACUCAAAUGGAAGGAUUAAAUCAACCCAAUCAUCAGAAUAAAUGUUGGCGGCUUACAUUUCUGCAAACCGAGGAUAUGUGUCUACCUUACGUUUCUUUAGGUGCAGUAUCUUGUGACAAACCUUUUCUAUGCUCUGGUUAGGGUUUCCUCACAAAAACCAUUUGCUUAGGCUUAGAAACAUCAUGGUUUGGCUUUUAAAUGCUUUACCCGCUUUGGUCGCCACAAACACAGCUGAAAAACAGUGGAAACACUGUGGUCCCAAAAUAUCCUGUAUCCUGUAGUCACUCUGCCACCUCCUCCUCUACCUCCAGAGCUGAAAGUCAGGUCAUCAACAUGUAAUGUGAAUGUGUUAUGACAGGCUUUGGGGGCAUGUCAAGAUGUUACCUCGCCUGUGACAUGUACAAAUGUGAAUGUAUCAGUGGUUUGCAGAAGCAUUAACUUCCAACGUUUGGGCUGCGACUGGGUUGGAUUUGAUUGAUAUUUUUCUCUUUCUUUCCUUCACUUAGCUGUCAAAGAAAGGGAAAAAAAAGAGAUUUUAAGACGCACGACCUCCACCCCCUGAAUGUAACUAAGCCCUCCUCAGGGCUGAGCAAAGCCGUUUCAGUUAUUUGCAUUGUUUUCCAAUUAGAAGAGCUUUGAAUGUUUUACUAAAUAACUGCUGUUUUUUGUGAAGAUAAAAAAAAAUGCAGACAAACAAGGAUCACAACUACUGCAGUGAUACUGUCACAAUGUGUUGCUUUUAUUGUAUUUUUAUGAUGUCUUUUCUUUUUUUUAAUAAAAAAGCAGAGUCAGGUGUAACAUUUCUGUUAAAACACAAAACAGCAUCUUGUGGUUGAGUGCCAAAUACAAAAAAAAACAAAAAUAGUAUUGUAUAAAUUUAUACAAUUGUUAUCUGUUGAACAAAAUGUUUGUAAUUGUUGCCUUUUUGUAGGUUUUGUAUGGUAUCCUGUAUUUAGUGACUGCAGUUUUGGAACACAGGAUUCUGUUUUUUGGUCAACUUUAAAAAGCAAGAAUUAAAUUUACAAUUUAUUGUGUGCAAGCAUUUAUAUGGUGUCUGGUUAAUUGUUUAAUAUUGUGGUCUUAGUAACAGCAUGACCGGUAUAUUUUCUUAUCGUAGAUAUAUAGCAAAGGUGCAUAUGUUGGUCCAGAGCAAACAAGAAGUAUCAGUUAAGGGAUUUUUUUAAGUUUUGAGCAAGAUUAGAAAGUGUUGUUUUUACAGUUCUUUAGUUUAGAAUAACAGAAAGCACCAACUUUUACAAUGAAACUUGAGAUAUGAUGAGAUAUGUAUCCAAAAUUAUUACUUUUGGCCUUUACUUGAUUUUUCUCUUAUAAAAUCAUAUAAAAUCUCCUGGCAAUCUGUCUAACAGUCAUUAAUAUUUGUCAGUCUGGAUCAAAGUGGUGGACUAACCACUCUCUACAUCCAUCAUGCUGUGAAAGCUUCUGCUUCUGCUUUCACAGCAUCCAAAAUGCUAUUCAUGAACUUUUCAGAGUGUUUUUUCCCAGCUGUAAUGUCAAACGGAGGCUUUGAGAGUUCAUCUUGCUAUAAUGAGUUUACUGUGACCUGUCACACUGAGCUGCAGUCUUCAUAAAGUGCUUUGAUCCUUGAUUACAGACAGGAACACAGUGAGAGAACCCGUUGGAAAGCUGAAAAUUGAUGAAGCUAGAAUGUCUUCAUGUAUCGUCUAUUACCUUUUCCUUAAACUGACAGCAUCUAUAAAUUGUCAUGCUGUCACCCAGAAUCUUAUCAUUAGGAUCAUCUUCUCUUUUAGCCACUAACUGCAAAACUAAGGCUCCAUUCAACACAAAUUGGUACUGCUCUCUGUUAGAGCAAUCUUUAUAAGCUGUAUGAAGAGUUAAUAAAUCAUUUGAUAAUGCUUAAUACACCGGUUUAGGUAUGUAUAAUGCAUUUCAGAAUGUCUUUAACCUAUGAUUUUUUUUAUUUUUUUUUUAAAUAAUGAUCAGGAUUGACAGGCUUAUGUCUGACAACAAUGGCUUCCCUCAAGCACUUAGUUAGCCAAUAGUAUAAUAUAAUAUAAUCCAGAAGUGAUGAGUGAGAGCUGCAUCAUCAGAGCUUCAUGCAUCGCUUUUCAUGAUUAGACUGGACUACCUAUUAGUCACUGGUUCCAGUGCUUGAGUGCUUCAGUAUAUCUAAUAUACACACUUAUGUUUUACCUACAACUUUGUUGACAAUAUAAUACUUUCAUUGGUAAUCUUAAACAAUUUCAGGAAGGCUAUGGAAUCCAUUUUUAAGAAAUAGUCUUCAGUGGAGGUCCUGUAAAAUGUUUAUAUGUGCAUUAAUUAUACCUUUGUUAAUAGUUUUGUUGAAAUGGAACACAGCUUUAGCCUAAAAAUGAAGCAUUUACAUACAGUUUACCAGCAAGUUUAUAUAUUCAGAAUUAUUUUCAUUUCCUAUGUCGAUAAUCUCACGUUUGAGAUUGUCAUUCCUCAUGUUUGUAAUCGCUUGUAAAAUUCACUAGAAUUUGGAAAGCUCACUUAAUUUGAUAUGUUGUUGUAUUUAUGCUGAAACCUGUUCAUGCUGUAGUGUCAAAACAGACUUCCUUUGUUUUGUCAAUUUAUCAUUCCACUUGAUCAAAGUUGUACGUAGUGGUUGUCUCUGCUGGUAAUUGUUCUCUGCAAUCAUCUUUUUUUUUUGUUUGUUUAUUUAUACAGGAA